AUGUGGCUGUUAGGGUUAACCAAUUCCAUACCCUCACUCUCAAUUCCUUCUCACGGAUAUAGAUUCCCCUUUUCCACCAUAUCGCUCACCUUCAGACCUCGAAAACCACACCCACUUCCAUUGUUUGCAUCAUCCAACAACAACAACAACAAUCAAGUAAAUGAGAAGGGGGGAAAUUCACAACAACCACAACAACAAGCACCCUCCUCUUCAUCUUCUUCCAAUGGACAAGAACAAAAACGACCCCUUUUUGGUUUCAAUUGGAGUAAUCUUCUAGACCCAGAUCCUGACAAUGUUCUUGCACUUGGAUUAACGGCUCUUCUCACAUGGGCAAGUGUUCAAGUUCUUUGCCAGCUUUUCUUUAUCUCUUUCGCUAUUAUUCUUGCUGCUCUUAAAUACUCUUUCAUUGCUGCUCUUCUCAUUUUCAUCCUCAUCGCACUUCUCUAA